GAGGACCAUGUGGACAUGGCCCACAGCAGACAUCAGGGGAGCCGGUGGGUCCACGAGCGCCCAGCCGCACGGGGCACUGACAGUGAGCCCUCCUCUCCGACAGGCGGCGCUGGUCCAAAUAGACUUGAAGGCGGCGCUCGGGCCGGGCUCCUCUCGGCGGCGGCGCACGGCCAUCCGACCGACCGUACGCGGGGCUGGGACGCGGCGCGGCGGCGGCGGCAGCGGCGGCUCCGUGUCGCCCAAGCCCAAGCGCGCAGGCCCGUCCCGGCUGUCGCGGGGCGGGCGGGACGGGCGGCGCCAUGUGGUUCAUCCGCUGGACUCUAUUACCUGGCAGAACUGAUAGAAGAAUACACAGUGGCCACCAGCAGGAUCAUAAAAUACAUGAUCUGGUUCUCCACAGCUGUGCUGAUUGGCCUCUACGUUUUUGAACGCUUCCCCACCUUCAUGAUUGGCAUGGGCCUCUUCACCAACCUCGUCUACUUUGGCCUCCUGCAGACCUUCCCCUUCAUCAUGCUGACCUCGCCAAAUUUCAUCCUGUCUUGCGGGUUAGUGGUGGUGAAUCACUACCUAGCAUUUCAGUUUUUUGCAGAGGAAUACUAUCCUUUCUCAGAGGUCCUGGCCUAUUUCACCUUCUGUCUGUGGAUAAUCCCGUUUGCGUUCUUUGUGUCACUGUCGGCUGGGGAGAACGUCUUGCCUUCCACCAUGCAGCAAGGAGAUGACGUGGUCUCCAAUUACUUCACCAAAGGCAAGCGGGGCAAACGCUUAGGGAUCCUGGUUGUCUUCUCCUUCAUCAAAGAGGCAAUUCUACCAAGUCGUCAGAAGAUGUACUGACCCCUCUGGGGAAAGGAUGCAGGAGUACCAUCAGGGACUAAGAGCCUAAAAGGCGCCUUUUCCCAGCCCUGACCCUCCUUCCCUGGACUCUUCCCAGAGCCCCCAUCCCACCAUCUUGGGGGACUCAGCUUGACUCCCAUCUGAUGCUGCAUAAGGCUGCAGCCUCAGGACACCAGGGAGAGUGGUAGAGCCUGAGCAGCCAGGGAGCCAUGGUCUACCUGGCUGGGCGGAAGCUGAGCUCCCUGUGGCUUUCCCUGCCCCCGUCCUGGGUGGCUCAGGAGAUCCUGGCUCAGCUGGGAUGGCAGGGCAGGGCCAGAAAGUCAGAGAGCAGACAGUGACAAGUUCUUUGUGAAAGUGGUUAUGGGGAGGGCCUGUGGCUUGGCACUUCCAGAAGAAAGAGUUUUUGCUGUUGAACUGUGAUUUCUGUCCAAGUGCUGAUUCCCAUUUGAAUAAAGAUUCUAGGUGGCACAGUU